GUUGAGCUGUUGUGUUGUCACUUUGCACACACAAGAGACAUGAGCAGGAGGGUGUGAGAGGAUCGCGUAGUUUCUGCAGCUUGUUCCCUCUUCCUCCUCUUCAAGAUGAAGAAUAACAUGAUCUGCUGAACUGCAGAGCUCUCUCAGCUCGUCUCUCCGCUGUUUCAACUUGAAAAUAAGUUGUGAGGCAACAAAAAUCAUGGUCAUCAUCACAAAAGAAAGCUGCCGCAGGGUGCCCAACAAGAGGCCCGCUCAGAGCUUUGGAUCAUCACUCUGGAUGAAUUGAAUGUGGUCGGAGAGAAAAGCCAGCGCCGUGCAGAGCUGCAGUGAACGACGGAGAGAGAAGGGGAAAAGCAAAGCAAAGCAAAGCAAAGCUGUGUGUGCGUGCGUGCGUGUGUGUGUUUUCAUAAGCGGAGCUCGGCCGUGGGAGCAGAGUGGGGGGAUGUCGGGCAGAAGUGGAGGAGCGCCUCGGGGGUGCAGCAACCCCAGCCUGCAGCCCCUCAAAGCCACAGUCCCAUACCAGCUCCAGAGGGGCUCAGCUCUCCUCUGCAGAGAAGUCAAGACGGCUGACAGGACCUCGGCCCGGCCUCCAAAACCCACCAUCCGCAGGACUCUUUCUUUGGAUGCCAUCGUCGGACCCUAUCUGCAGGGACAGUGGCCCAAAGAAGCCGAGAGUACGGCUGUUACGUGUGUCAAUGACAAAGCCACACAGACUCCAAGUUCCUGGGCAGAGGAGACCCAGGGAAGGAGAAGCGUUGGCGGACACAAGCGCUCAGCGUCGUGGGGCAGUGCCGAGCACCUGAGGGAGGUGGCCAAGCUCAGGCACCAGUUGCAGAAGCGUUCCCGCCAUGCCCCUCCCUCGGCAGCGUACGAGCUCCCCCACCACGCCUUGCCAGCAGGUCAUGUGGCAGGCAUCACUCAGACGAUGCCCCUGAUUCCCCUGAACAGACUCGCCCCGCGACUGAGACGUAGUGUUGAAGGCCUUAACCUGGAGCUGGAAGAGGUGUUUGUGUCUGAGAAACCUGAUGAUCAGCAUGAGAUUCUGGAUAUCCCGGACGGACACAGAGCUCCUGUCCCUGCUCAGAGAUGCAGUAGUGGCUCUCAGAGUGAGCCCUCCCCGGGGCCCCUGGAUCCCUCCCUCCUCUCUCCUUCCCAGUCCCCCUGUCCUCUGGAUCCAUCACUUCUGUCGCCUUCAAAUUCCCCCUGUGUCUUGAACCCACUGCUUUUGUCUCCAUCGCAGUCUCCCUGUCCCAUGGGAGAGCCAGAGCCGGUGGACUGUGAGACCCUGUGUCCUUCACCAUCUACACUGCUUCCUUCAUUUGCACUGGAUCCUCCUCUGCUGCAGCCCUGCUCCUCUUCCCCUCGUCCCAACAAAACCUACUCCUUCCAGCGCGAACCGCCAGAGGGCUGUGAGCGAGUUCGAGUAUGCGAGGAGGCGAUGGCUGCUUGUCAGGAUGAGCCUCUCCUCCAGGCAUCCUGCCCUGACCCCAAUAAAGUCAACUUUACCCCCCACGGAGGCUCCGCUUUCUGCCCUGUCAGUCUUCUGAAACCCCUCCUGCCCUCCAUGGACCUCCUCUUCCGUGGCCUGUCAGUGUCUCCCGUCACUGGCUGCCCAGGUCAGGCCUCUCCUACCAGGCACCUGGGCAUGCAGUAGGUGGAUAUCUGAGCAGGGCCCCUCAGAACUGAACCACACUGCACUGCCAGGACCUGGAGAAACUGGGUGUGUUUUACAUGCAAGGUGCCAAAAAAUACCUGUGCUCACCUGGCUCAUCACUGCUGUAACAUGCCAUGAUCACUGUGAUCAAAAUUAAAAGACUUAGAGACUGUAAGGUCAUACUUCAGACUAUCUUUGGCCUAAAAAUCUGUCUGCUUUACUGAUUAUUUCCAACAGGAUGUUUGCAUUCAGCUGAUUUUUACAUCAUCAGCACUUGAAUUGUCCAUGUAUUCUUCUGCAGAGACUACAGGCUCUGGAAAUGUUGGUGAAUGCUGGAAAAGUUUUACAGAUGACUGAGUUUUUGAAAUUGUUCGCUUUUAUUUUUUAUGUGUCAACUCGGACAAAGCUCAGACAAAAAUGCCGUCUACUAGGGAAGACUUUAAAAUCAAAAUAAGUGAAUUCAGAGUAAAAACCCAAGCACUUAGAUCGUUUGUUGACAUGAGUAUUACAUUCUUACUAUCCUUUACUUUUGAUUGAUACCCUAGUAAAGCAUGGUUAAGUUUAGAUGAAGUUUCAGCAUAAUUACAGAGACUUCAUUGUUGAAAAACAAAGUACUUGAUGGGAUUGUUCCUGAAAAUCUUUUGCUUGAAGAGAAAUAUUUUUGGCCGAUAGUUUACGAUGGCCUACUUUUCUACAAAUGUAUUUCUAGUAAGAUAUAUAUUUUUGUAUCUUUGUAUGGAAGUUAUGAGGCUGGUGAAACUUUUUUGUAUUCACUAAAGAAACUGACUUGUAUUUCUGUGUGUACUUUGGUGGUUUAUAAGCAGGAAUGGGUGUUUUAUUAGCUUUACUAGCCCUACAGUGGGUAUUGUUCUAACCAAACUUGCAAUUUUUGUCAACCUUUUAAAAUUUUGAAUGGGUCACACUGAGGUUUUUGUUUGAUCUGAACCUUAUUGGACCCAGUGGCUCUGACCACAAAAUGUUCAUGUUUGUGGAAGAGGUUAAUUCCCUCCGUUUGAGUUGUUGUUAAAAUGAAUAAAAAACUGUCUUUGUCAGCAUUAUCCAUGCAACACUGAUUAAAAAUAUGAUCUACAGUUAAAAAAAAUCAUAGAAUAAGCAGAUGCUAAUGAACAAUUAGUAACAUUUGUCAGCUCUGUGUUUUCUCAGACCAGAUAAUGCACCCUUUCUUACUUUUUUAAGGGUGCUAAGAGUUGAGAAUGUUUAGUGUGCUAUUGUGGAGAAAAUAAAAUUACCAUUUUUUUUUCUUGGACGUUCAAAUAGUUUCAAUAA